AUGGAAGUGCGGAAAAAGAUAGAACAACUUGAGGUACAGAUAGAACAACUUGAGGUACGGACAGAACAACUUGAGGUACGGACAGAACAACUUGAGGUACAGAUAGAACAACUUGAGGUACGGACAGAACAACCUGUGGUACAGAUAGAACAACUUGAGGUACGGACAGAACAACUUGAGGUACGGACAGAACAACUUGAGGUACAGAUAGAACAACUUGAGGUACGGACAGAACAACUUGAGGUACAGAUAGAACAACUUGAGGUACAGAUAGAACAACUUGAGGUACGGACAGAACAACUUGAGGUACAGAUAGAACAACUUGAGGUACGGACAGAACAACUUGAGGUACAGAUAGAACAACUUGAGGUACGGACAGAACAACUUGAGGUACAGAUAGAACAACUUGAGGUACAGAUAGAACAACUUGAGGUACGGACAGAACAACUUGAGGUACAGAUAGAACAACUUGAGGUACGGACAGAACAACUUGAGGUACAGAUAGAACAACUUGAGGUACAGAUAGAACAACUUGAGGUACGGACAGAACAACUUGAGGUACAGAUAGAACAACUUGAGGUACGGACAGAACAACCUGUGGUACAGAUAGAACAACUUGAGGUACGGACAGAACAACUUGAGGUACAGAUAGAACAACUUGAGGUACGGACAGAACAACUUGAGGUACGGACAGAACAACCUGUGGUACAGAUAGAACAACUUGAGGUACGGGUAGAACAAGCGGUGCCAUUGCAAUCGUUAAGCAGCAGAAGAUCACAUUUCACGAACAAAGGCGUCCCACGUGAAGCCAGGUGA